UUGUACAGUGGUAGCCAAACACAUCAAGGCUGAGACAUGGCGGAGCAACUUAGAAUCCAUACGGUGGACAUGCAUAUUUCUCCCUCCAGCUUCACAGUAUCGGAGAAGAGCGGCGCGUCGGUGUCGCCGUCGACUCCUGGAGGUACCGCCCGUCUGAGACCGCCGAAGAGGAGGAGCCGCUGCAGCAGGUGUCUGUGCUGGACUCUUCUCGCAGUCAUCAUCCUCAUCGUGCUGAUCGCCGCCGCCGCCGGUGUCGUGUACGUCGUGUUCCGCCUCAGGUUGCCCAAGUACUCGGUGGACCACCUCAGGGUCUCCAGAUUCGGUGUCAACGACGACGAUAUAACCGUCGGUGCCGUGUUCGACGUGGCGGUGAUGGCAACGAACCCGAACAGGAAGAUCGGGAUAUACUACGAGGAGGGGAGUGAACUGAGCUUGUGGUACGCCGACGAGAGGCUCUGCACCGGGAGCUUUCCGGUGUUCUACCAGGGCCACAGGAACACGAUGGUGCUGCAUGUUUUCCUCACCGGAGGAACACAAGAAGGAAGCGAGUUGCUCGCGGAACUGCAGCAGCAGCAACUGGCAGGGGUAUUACCAUUAACCUUCCUAGGCGACGUGCCGGUGAGGGUGAAGCUUGACAAGCUGACGCUGUGGAAGGUGACGUUCAACGUGAGAUGCAGUGUGGUGGUGGAUAGUUUGACUACCAGCGACGACAUCAGCGUUCGAUCCAGCAGCUGCAGAUUUAGGUUGAAGCUAUGGUAAUGUUUCCGAGUUAUACUCUCUCUUUUUUGCUCAUCAUAUAAAAUAAACAGCUUCAUGCUUGAAGCUCUCAUUACGUAUUUGAAACUUUUUACGAGAUCUAUAUAGCAUAUUAUUUUGAUUAUUUAACUGUAAGAAGCUUGCUUCUGGCGUCUGUCUGCCUACUUCUGGUUGAGAUGAUCAAGAAAUCAUAUCACAGCACUCCAAACAUCCUGGAUAUAUAAAGGAUUUUUGGCAUGAUCAUGCUUGUUGAUGUAAAAGCUGAAAUCAGUGGAUCGGGUUUAACGAUGCACUUGAAAGUUGGAGCUUUGAUCUGUGGAUCGGAAUCAAGCAGAGUUCAUCGGAGUUGCAGAUUCAAGGUCAUAUGGCGAUGAUCGUCGAUUGUAUUGAUGG